AUGGAUGUUGAUUCUGAAUCGACAGCAACGCCAACGCCUGGAGGAACAUCAUUUUUGGAUGCAAAAUUUCUUGAAAGUUUUCGUUCAUUUACAACAGACGAUAGAGAACAUUUAAUUAAUCAAUUUAGAACUUUAACAAAUGCACAACUGACAAAUGAUGGAAUCGGAUUUUUUCUCGAUAUGAAUAAUUGGAAUUUGAAUGCUGCAAUUGUGGCAUAUUACGAUUUCGAACAGCCUUCUGAUAAGUUUCCCAUGAUGAAAUUUGUAGCUGAUGUGACCGUUGGUGAAGGAGAAGCAGUACCACCAAGCACACGAUUCACAAAAACAUGGAGAAUUGAAAAUUCAGGUAGUGAACCUUGGCCAUCUUCGUGUGUAUUAAAAUUUGUUAAUGGUGAUCGUUUACAAGAACGUGAUGAAACCUAUGUUGGCUCGUUAGCUCCUAGUCAACAAACGAAUGUAUCGAUCGAUAUGACUAGUCCAAUAGGACCAGGAAUGUAUAAAUCACAAUGGAGAUUAUUUACAUCAGCUGGUGUACCAUUUGGUGAUCCAAUAUGGUUGAUAGCAAGUGUCGAAGAAGGAGGUUUACUUGGAAUUACACAACAAUUAAGUGCGUUAGGGGGAAGUAGUAGCAAUGAUAAUGAUGAUAAUAUGAUGAUGGGACAUCAAACACAUCUUCCAUACAACUCAGUAAUACAUUCUUCAAUAUCAGAACACAAUAACAACAAUAACAGCAAUCCAUUUCAAAUGACCAAAACUCAUUCGAUUCAUUCCGAUGGGAAUUCUACGUCAAAUGUGUCAGAGUGGAGGAAUUAUCCGAUCAUGUCUGUCGAAGAAUUUUCUAGAACAGCAAAUUUGAAUCAAAAUCCAAGUACGACCAACACUAGCACAAAUGCGACAAUAGAAGAUAAUUCAUUAGACACAUUUUAA